AUGGGGCGGCUCGCUUGGCUCGGCGCACAGGGCACCAUGCAGCAGCCGGGACCCGGGAGUAUCAACUGCGAGCCGGGCUGGUACCUGUCUGCCCGCGAGCAGGAAGAGGAGCAGGAGUCCACCCCGUUGCUGCCCCCAGCGCCGCUGGGCAAUAGCGCUCUGAAUCAUGCAUCUUCAGGUGUUUCCUUUGGUUUCUCAGUAUUUAAUUUAAUGAAUGCAAUCAUGGGAAGUGGAAUACUUGGUUUAUCUUAUGCCAUGGCCAACACAGGGAUCAUUGGAUUUAGCAUCUUGCUGCUGAUUGUUGCCAGCCUUGCUUCUUACUCUGUAUUUCUGCUGCUUAGUAUGUGCAUUCAGACUGCUGUCACUUCUUAUGAAGAUCUUGGUCUCUUUGCAUUUGGAUCACCUGGGAAGGUUAUUGUGGGAAGUACGAUAAUUAUUCAGAAUAUUGGAGCUAUGUCAUCUUAUCUUUUAAUUGUUAAAUCUGAACUGCCUGGUGCAAUUGCAGGAUUCAUAAGUGGAAAUGACAGCGGGUCAUGGUAUCUUGAUGGCAGAGUGCUGUUACUGAUUACUUCAGUCUGCAUUGUUUUUCCCCUUGCACUUCUUCCGAAAAUUGGCUUUCUUGGCUAUACAAGUAGUUUAUCAUUUUUCUUUAUGGUGUACUUUGCUCUUGUGGUUGUAAUAAAAAAAUGGUCCAUCCCUUGUCCACUGACAUUAAACAGCCCUAUAGAGAUCUUACAGAUUUCAAAUUCUACUGAGGAUUGUAAAGCAAAGCUCUUUCAUUUUUCUAAGGAGAGCGCUUAUGCCAUCCCAACCAUGGCCUUCUCGUUUCUCUGCCAUACCUCAGUAUUGCCCAUUUACUGUGAGCUCCAAAGUCCAUCGAAAAGCAGAAUGCAGAAUGUAACCAACACAGGAAUUGGUCUGAGUUUCCUACUCUAUUUUGUGUCUGCCUUGUUUGGGUACCUUACUUUUUAUGAGGAUACAUACAGGGUUCUUUCCUGCUUGCAAGCUACUCGUCCUGUCUUCCACUAUCUUUAGUCAAGAAGGCUAAUUAAAUUGCAUGAGUGAAACUCCCCCACCCCUGCCCCACCUCUCCAUCCCCUUGUCAUAAACGCCAUUCCUAGAAAAUUAAAAACCAACUGAAAAGCGAAAAAACUUCUCCUUUGAGAACAGAUGUUUCUUCUACAGCCAGUUUGGAAGGGUGUUGACUCUUUGCUGUGGAUCUGUAAGUCAAUGUGACCAAGAGGCUUUGUUGGGAGCAGAAGCCCACGGUAGCAUAAAUCUGCUAGGAGUUAGAGUAGUGGAUCAUUUGUAGGGGUGUGAUUUUUCUAUGUUUAUUUUUUUUUUUUAAUCAUGGCAUGUUCCAAGAAAAGUCAUGAAACUUGUCAGGAUGAAAGGGCAAAAGUCAUGGAAACAAAAGUGAAAGUUGCAGUUAUUGGUUUGUUUUCUAAGUAAUCAUUAUUUCCCACUUUUUGUACCAAAAAUAAGAGUUGUGCUUGUGCUAUAAGAGAUUUGAACAUAAUAGUUGCCAUCCCAGAUGUGACUUUUGCAAAACUAAUCUCACUCUCCAAAUAGUUUUAAAAUGGUGGUGGAGAUUAGAGAAGAACCCUCAUUACUGCUGAGGGAAUUAAAAUUCUCACUGAAUAUUCUCUCACCUGGUCUUUUAUGUUGCUUCAACCCUGUUUUCUAUUAAAUUCUUGUAUUUCCCAUGGUUUUACUUGGCAGCUCUCAAGCACCAGCCUUUUGCCACAACAUCCAAUCACUUACACGUCAAACAAACAAAUCUCAAUCUCAAGUGUCAUUAAUAGAUGUAUGACUUUAGCCAAUCAUCCCUUCCCCAUAAUAACUAGUCUGCAAAAAUACUGAAAGAAGGAAACUAUUAGACAACAGUAGCAUAUAUACAUUAGGAGGAAUAACUAAGAAUUCCUCUUUGAAAUUAGAGCCACUGCAGCUACUUUCCCAAAUGGUGAAAUUUUACCUUCCAAAUCACUUUAUACCACAUGUGUAUGGAAAGCUGAACAUGUAAGGUCAAUUGGUCCAGCAGAAAGAGUUUACUUCUGAGCAAAAAAGUGUCUCCUAGUUUUCUGUUCCAGAUACAAAGAACCAGCCUUAUGGCACAGUGCCUUGGCUUAUUGAAUUCCACCCUUUUUUCGUCUGUUCAGACAAAGGAUCAGGAAGACUAAAAACCUAGCAAAAAUUGUUCUGAUUACUUCUAACUACCGAGACCCUCAUUCUUCAAACUGGAGGUGUCAGUUAGCAAACCUAUUCUCUAGGAUAUGCCAUAGCAGGAUAAAAAUCUUUCAAAUGAAUUAUACCAGGCUUCAGCUUGCCGCUUGGAGCCUGAGAGGGUAAAUCCUCAUGUAUUCCCCAUGGAUUAUUACUAUUCUGGCAUAAACCAGAAAAGAUUCUGAUAAAGGCUUAUUUGGUCUGAAUAUUUUUUCUUUGGUCUUAAUCUAACAAAGUGGACCCUCUUCAAGCCCCACUCAUCACUAUUUUGGAUAUCUUAUUUGAAGGCUACCACAGAUACCUUGGUUGCAGCUCAUCAAGUUCAGUUAUCUAGACUCAUAGG